UUCUGUGAAGAUAGUGGGAAGAAAAUUAUAACAAGCCAGAAUUAUUGCAAAAAGGAUAGGAAAUGAAUUAAGAGGAUAUGUGAUAAAUUCUAGCGGUAGAAAAAAAAUCUUAAAUAACCACCACAACAGUAUUUUGAGUUUUAAUGCCCUAUGGCAAAUCAACAUGAGAGAAAUUUACAAGUGGUUAUAUUAAUUUCCUAUUUUCUUCCUCUUGAAUGCGUGACGUCACUAUCAUGUGGCUCAUCAGUAAAUGCCAUCACAUUAAACCAGUCGAUAGAAACUUUCAAGUAUCCUGCAUCCGGCAUUUAUCCAACCCUUACAGGUUGUCAAUGGUUAUUUAACACCUCUGACGCAGAAGCAAGACUGAUAUUUGAAGUAACCAGCAUUUAUGUAGAUUGUGGAGAUACUUUGAAGUUUUAUGAUGGCUCAUCUUCCAGUGCCUCCACCUUUGGUAACUCAAUUUGUUGCUCUUCCCAGUCCUCUUGUGGAUCCGCCAAACUACCGGAAACGACGACCGGAAAUAGCCUCUUUGUGGAUUUUCUGUCAGACAGAACAGAUAACUCGUAUGAAACUGGGUUUACGUUUACCGUAGUAGUGGGAAAGGAUGAAUCAAAUUGUUCGAACUCAGGAGCAGUUCACAACAUUGCACUCACAGAACAAAUAAGAUUGACCUCUCCGGAGUUUCCGGCGACCUAUCCACCGAAUCAUAAUUGCACUUAUACAUACAUCUAUACUGGUGGAUACGUUAAGUUAGAGUUCAUUUAUCUUCGUGUAGAGGGAGUAAAUGGUGCUUGCUACGACUUCAUAGAAAUUUUUAACGGAAGUUCUACCAGUUCACCAUUGAUUGCUAAGGUGUGUGGUGAUACCAUUCCCACCGAGACGCACACUUCCUCUGAUACAUCCUUGACGAUCAGAUUCUACAGUGACUACCAGGAGAACAAAAAAGGAUUCUUGGCAUAUGUGGCACCUGUGGCAGAUAACAAAGGAACGUCAGUUGUGAUGGAUACUACCACAACAGAAUUGCCAACAUCGGAACAAAGCAAAACAUCGAUAUUGCCAACAUCAGAACAAAGCCAAACAUCGAUAUUGCCAACAUCAGAACAAAGCCAAACAUCGAUAUUACCAACAUCGGUACAAAGCCAAACAUCGAUAUUGCCAACAUCAGAACAAAGCCAAACAUCGAUAUUACCAACAUCGGUACAAAGCCAAACAUCGAGAUUGUCAACUUCAGAACAAAGCCAAACAUCGACAUUAUCAACUGCAAAACCCACUUUGACAUCGACUUCAGAUAUCGUUCUACAAUCGUUGGAUAAAUUCAAGGGCCCGUUUAUUAGUGGAAGUGUGGUACUUUCGCUUAUAAUAAUCACCAUAUUAGUAUUCAUUUGUUCAAGAAACAGAACCAGUCAGCAUAAAUCCAAAGAAAAUAAAGUAAAAGGAGUUGAUCUGCAAAACCUGUUUGGUGGACAACAUGCGAUCGAUCCCAGACCACACAUAUGGACCUAUGAAGGAUUCACAUUUUAUUCCCACAAAAAUGAAAAUUGAAAGAAAAACAAAAAAGCAUUGACGAUAUCUAUCUUCUUAGCACCCAUCUAAUGUUGCAUUCGAUAUCAUAUACUUUUCUGACUUAGAGAGAAAUUUCUAACAUAUGUAUAGUAUAAUAUAUAAACAUAUAUAGUAAUUCUUACAAUAUUAAAUGAAAAACGAUUGAGA